CUUUUGUUUUUUUCUUUUCAGAACUCUCUUCGCUCACGAAUCACCAGAAAAGCCAAAAUGUUGGUGCUACUGGCUGGUAUCUUUGUGGUCCACAUCGCCACUGUCAUUAUGUUGUUUGUUUCCACCAUUGCCAACGUUUGGGUGGUUUCAGAUGAUAUUACAUCAUCCGUAGGUCUUUGGAAGAACUGUACCGGGGGUAACUGUGGCCAAGAUCUUAUAUAUGGCAAUGAAGAUGCCCUCAAGGCUGUGCAGGCCUUCAUGAUCCUCUCCAUCAUCUUCUCUGUCAUUUCCCUCCUGGUCUUCGUGUUCCAGCUCUUCACCAUGGAGAAGGGAAACCGGUUCUUCCUCUCAGGUGCCACCAUGCUGGUGUGCUGGCUGUGCAUCAUGGUUGGAGUGUCCAUCUACACUCAUCAUUAUGCCAAUUACAGUAUGAACUUUUCACCGGGCAGCCACCACGGCUACUGCUUCAUCCUGACCUGGAUCUGCUUCUGCUUCAGCUUCAUCAUUGGCAUUCUCUAUCUUGUCCUGAGAAAGAAAUAAAGCUGAACAAGUGUAUGGGGACCUGGGGGGUGGGGUGGGAGGAGGAAGCAGUUGAAUCUGGGAGGGAAGUGGAAGUCAUUGGGCCGGAAAAACCAAGAGAGGGGAGGGAAUGGGGAAGGGGAAGGAAGGGUGGGAGAGGUCUAAGCUCAAAUCAUGACUGGGAAGAUUCUCUAUGGUCAAGCCCCUGCCCUUAGGAGAAAGUCAAUGACUUGUACUUUGAUGCUCCCUGAUAGGGGCCAGAGGGCCUCCCUCCAGCCACCAGACUUGGCCUCCAGCUUGGCCUCAGUUACAUGCACCUCCUGAGGUCCCAUCGGCUGCCGUUCUAUUGGCUCCACUUCUGAGGGUGAAUCUGGGUCACACACUGGAGAUCUUGCAGACCUACUGCACCAAAGCGGUACAAGUUCUGGCUGGAGCAGAUACUCUCUCUGUGCUGACUAUCUAAGUCUGAAAACCACCCUGCCCUCUGACCCAAAGCAAAUGAUCACUUUACCAUAUGAAGUGCCUACAAGAAGGCUUUGGCUGGGGAACCAUCGUCCCUCUUUGGUGGAGGUGCUUAGCUCCAUGGAAUUGGGUGGCAUUUGUGACUAUAGCAGGGAAGA